AUAAGGUCACGCAGUAACUAAAUCUGUAUUGUUGUUGACCUUUGGCAGCAUUCCGCUCCUGGUUAAAAGCUCCUUGAUUUCCACCUUAUAACAAUAGCCUGUCCUGUCCCGUCCUCCUCCUUCCAAACCCUCUUUAGGGACGGAAAACCUCCACUGAAAGUUGACAGAUAUGAGUAGGAACAAUGGUCAAGGAUAAGGCAGCGACGCAGGGAUCUCAUCAUGAUUACUGUUAAUAAUUACAGUCGAGAAUAGCCACAGUGACAUUUUAUUGAUGGCUAAACAGUCGGCGACCACAGUUGCGUUCCAAAUGCUGGAGGAAGAAGGGAGACGUUUGGAUUUGUAGGAGUCAAUCAGGUAUGUGACCGAAAAUAAUGGGCUUGCUUAUAAACAGGUAGAGGAAGUGAAUAUUUCCUGUGUGAGCCUAUCGAGCAGCACUCCGUCUGGUGUGGCUCUCGCUUUAUCAACCCUGACAGAUGAUCCAGCUCCUGCUCUCUCUCUCUCUCUCUCUCUCUCUCGGAGUCUGGAUUUUCAGAAACACAUAGCGGAGACGCAGCAGCAGCAGCAGGAGGUCACCCAAGGCAUCAGAAGCGGCCAUGAUGAAGCAAGCAGGGGUCAAGCAGUAUGUGGUAGCCCGCUCGCUGUACUCGGAGGAGUCCUUUGCAGAGGAGCACGAGAAGGUCUACAGGCACCGUAAGACCUCGCUGGACCACCUGAAGCAGUACUUCACGUGUGACACCAGACGUGCCAAAAAUGCGAUUCUCUCCCUCUUGCCAAUCAUCGGCUGGAUGAAGAUCUACCGCAUCAAAGAGUGGCUGCUUAGCGAUAUUGUGUCAGGGAUCAGCACUGGACUCGUUGCUGUUCUGCAAGGGUUGGCGUACUGUCUCCUGGCUUCUCUUCCACCCUGGUAUGGUCUCUUCUCUGCUUUCUUCCCCGUGGUCAUCUACUUUUUCCUUGGAACCUCAAGACAUAUCUCAGUGGGUCCGUUCCCGGUGCUUUGUCUGAUGAUUGGCUCGGUGGUCACCAGGCUGGUACCAGACGAGGGCCCGCCCGCUAACAUCACGGGUUUUGAAGGCUUGACCAGAGAUGAGCAGAGGGUUUUGGUGGCCUCGUCUGUGACCUUCCUUGCUGGCAUCAUGCAGCUGGCCAUGGGCAUCCUGCAGGUGGGCUUCGUGGUCAUGUACCUGUCAGACACUCUGGUGUCAGGUUUCACCACCGCAGCAGCCAUCCACAUCCUGGUGUCACAGCUGAAGUUUGUGCUGGGCCUGCAGGUCCCUGGAAUUAGUGGACCACUCUCUAUUAUAUAUGUAAGACAAACAGCAAACCGAGGGGCGCUUUCAUUAUUUAAGUUCCUUGCUGCUUGUGUUUUUGUUACCUGUUCGCAGACUCUGGAGGUCAUCUUUGGUAAGAUCCAGUCCACCAACGGUUGCGAUGUGAUCAUCUCCUUGGUCAUCAUGCUGGUGGUGUUCAUCGUGAAGGAGCUGAAUGACAGAUUCAAAGCCAAGCUGCCUGUUCCAAUACCCAUAGAGGUCAUCAUGACGGUCAUUGCAUGCGGAGUCUCUUACGCGUUUGACUUCAGGACGAAGUAUGGCAUCGAUGUUGUUGGACAUAUUCCAAAGGGGUAUGAGCCUCCAAUAGCUCCAAACGUGCACGUCUUCCAGGAGACAGCAGUGGAGGCGUUCCCAAUGGCCAUAGUGGGUUUUGCUGUGGCCUUCUCUGUGGCAAAGGUCUACUCGGUGAAACACGACUACACCAUCGAUGGAAACCAGGAGCUGAUCGCUUUUGGAAUGAGCAACAUUUUCGGAGCGUCCUUCAAGUCUUUCGCAGCCAGUACAGCUCUUUCCAGGAGUGCUGUGCAAGAAAGCACAGGGGGCAAAACGCAGAUAGCUGGUUUGCUAUCAGCUGUCAUCGUGAUGAUCGUUACCGUGGCCAUCGGAUUUUUACUGGACCCCCUCCCAAAGUCUGUGUUGGGUGCUGUGGUCAUCGUCAACCUGAAGGGCAUGUUGAUGCAGUUUCAAGAAGUGCCCUACCUGUGGAGGCGGGACAAGCCAGACUGUGUGGUGUGGUUGGGCACCUGUAUCGCUGCCGUCUUACUGGGGUUGGAUCUCGGGCUUGCAGCCGGUCUCGGUGUGGAACUCCUCAGUGUGGUCCUCAGGGCGCAGUUCCCUCGCUGCAGUGUCUUGGCCAACAUUAAAGGAACUGAUAUCUACAAGGACCGAAAGGACUAUGCUGAUAUAUUUGAGCCAGAGGGGGUCAAAAUCUUCCGGAUCCCGUCGCCAAUCUUCUUUGCCAACAUUGAGUUCUUCAGGAGCAAACUGGUGGAAGCUGUUGGAUUUAAUCCACUGAGGGUGCUAAGGAAACGAAAUAAAGCACUGCGAAGGAUCCGGAAACUUCUAAAAAAAGGAUUUCUCCAGUGGACAUCGAACGGGUUCCUGAACACCUCAUGCGGACCAAUCCAAGAGGAUUCCGAGUUUGAAAACAACAUGGAAGACCUGGACCAGCCCACAGAUUUCAAGGACCUGCCUGCGCGGAUCGACUGGAACGCCGAGCUUCCCGCCAACAUCACAGUUCCCAAAGUGGAUCUCCGCAGUCUGGUCCUGGACUUUGCUGCUGUCUCCUUCCUGGACGUCUCUGCUCUGAAGGGACUUAAAGCAGCACUGAAAGAACUGAUUCGGGUUGAAGUGGACGUCUACAUUGUUGCUUGUGAUCCUUACAUCCUGGAGAAACUGCACAACUGCAGCUUCUUUGAUGAAGAAGUUGAGCCGCGAAUGUUCUUCCUGACACUGCAUGACGCCAUGCUGCACAUCCUGGACAAACAUCCGCAGUGUAUGGAGAAGAAAUCCAACUUUGACAAGAUUGUGACAACAGUCACAAUUCAUAAUCCUGGUGGAAGUCUAAGGAGCAGAGACAGAAAUGUACCGGAUUCAGAAACCAAACUGUAACGCCUGAAUGAUUGCUUGCUUUGUAAAAAUCUCAAAAGACCAAAGGACAACAGCGGUAAAUGUCUGUCAGAUCAAUAAUGCACUUAUGUGAAGACAAUCAGUAUGUAAACAUUCUAAAUGUAUGCAAGCGGUAGUGGGGGGUUUUCAUACUGUACAUAGACAAUUUGUGGGCAUGUUGCAAUGUAUUUUAUAUGCUUUAUAGUUAUAUACUGUAUAUUUUCAGGAUAAUGAUAUUAAAUUAAG